CAGACUCCGGCUCCGGCUCGGGCUCGCCAUGGCUGCGGCGGCGCCGUGAGGAGGAGUCCGCGUCCUCCGUGGUGGCGGCGGCGGCCGGCUCCAGGCCGGGUUUUGGCGCCGCCCGCCUGCUGCCUCCUGGCGGCUCCUGAACUCCAGCCCCCUCUCUAUCAGCCUCUCACUCCGUCUCAAUAUGUCUCAAGAUGGCGGCCAAUGUGGGAUCGAUGUUUCAAUAUUGGAAGCGCUUUGAUUUACAGCAGCUGCAGGAGCGGCUCGGACCGGCCCCUCCGCAGCCGGGGACCCCGGUAGGGGCGCUUGGAGAAACUUGCGGGGGGCGACUGGCGCCCCGCACGCGGAGCCCGGGGGUCGGGGUGCCCCGGGGGCGCGGGUGCGGGCGCCGGAGGAGGGCUACAACUUUCCCCGAAUGCAGGGCCGGCUCUGCUCCCGCGCGCGCGAUCUGGCCGGGCCGGGGGCGCUUGCUCCCUGCCGCCUGUCCGGGCGGCCCUCGCUCCGUGCCCCGGGGCUCCCGCGGCCCCCAGUGAUCCGCCCGCUUCUCUCUGACCCUCUCCUCUGAGGCCCUGCGCUCCCAGCAGGGUCCGCGGGGGCAAUGGAGCGCGCGGCGGGUCCGCUCCGAAAUGCCUACUCCGAGCGGGUUCUCGAAAGCAAAGCCCCGGGGGCCCCGCUGGACUGCGGUGUGCCGGGCCUUGGUCCACGCGCCGAGCCCCAGGCGCCGAGGGGGAAUCGUGCUGGGGCUCCCCAUCCGGCGCCCGAGCCGUCGCCGUGCCCAGGGGGCGCGUUCCUGCCUGCCACCCCCCACCCAGAGGAGCGGCGCGCCCUUGGGGUCCGCCGGGGACCUGCCAGCUCCGCGCUCGCGGCGCCUGGACAGCCCCGGGACUCUGCCAGGUGGAUGUUGUGCGAAGCUGGAGCCAAGUUGAAGAGGGAACUCGAUGCCACCGCAACAGUACUGGCGAACCGGCAGGAUGAAAGCGAGCAGUCGAGGAAGCGGCUCAUCGAGCAGAGCCGAGAGUUCAAGAAGAACACUCCAGAGGAUUUGCGCAAGCAGGUAGCACCGCUGCUGAAGAGCUUCCAAGGGGAGAUUGAUGCACUGAGUAAAAGAAGCAAAGAAGCUGAGGCAGCCUUCUUGAAUGUCUACAAGAGAUUGAUUGAUGUUCCAGAUCCCGUUCCAGCUCUGGACCUUGGGCAGCAGCUCCAGCUCAAAGUGCAGCGCCUACACGACAUUGAAACGGAGAACCAGAAACUUAGGGAAACCCUCGAAGAAUACAACAAGGAAUUUGCUGAAGUGAAAAAUCAAGAGGUUACGAUAAAAGCACUUAAAGAGAAAAUCCGAGAAUAUGAACAGACUCUGAAGAACCAAGCGGAGACCAUAGCUCUCGAAAAGGAACAAAAGUUACAAAAUGAUUUUGCAGAAAAGGAGAGAAAGCUGCAGGAGACCCAGAUGUCCACCACCUCCAAGCUGGAAGAAGCCGAACAUAAAGUCCAGACUCUGCAAACAGCCCUGGAAAAAACUCGAACAGAAUUAUUUGACCUGAAAACCAAAUAUGAUGAAGAAAUUACUGCCAAGGCCGACGAAAUUGAAAUGAUCAUGACGGACCUUGAAAGAGCAAACCAGAGGGCAGAGGUGGCUCAGAGAGAGGCGGAGACCUUGAGGGAGCAGCUCUCAUCAGCCAACCACUCUCUCCAGCUGGCUUCCCAGAUCCAGAAGGCGCCGGACGUGGAGCAGGCCAUAGAGGUGCUGACCCGCUCCAGCCUGGAAGUUGAGUUGGCCGCCAAAGAGCGGGAGAUCGCCCAGCUGGUGGAGGACGUGCAGAGACUCCAGGCUAGCCUCACCAAGCUGCGUGAGAACUCAGCCAGCCAGAUCUCCCAGCUCGAGCAGCAGCUGAGUGCCAAGAACAGCACCCUCAAACAACUGGAAGAAAAACUCAAAGGACAGUCUGACUAUGAAGAGGUGAAGAAAGAGCUAAACAUCCUGAAGUCCAUGGAGUUUACACCGGCCGAGGGAGCUGGGACGCAGGACGCUUCCAGGCCCCUGGAGGUGCUGCUGCUGGAGAAGAACCGCUCGCUGCAGUCCGAGAACGCCGCGCUGCGCAUCUCCAACAGCGACCUGAGCGGGUCAGCCAGGAGAAAAGGGAAAGACCAGCCUGAGAGUCGGCGUCCUGGACCUUUGCCGGCCUCCCCUCCUUCUCAGUUGCCCCGCAACACGGGGGAGCAGGCUUCCAAUACUAACGGUACACACCAGUUCUCACCAGCGGGGUUAACGCAAGACUUUUUCAGCUCAUCCCUGGCGAGCCCCAGCCUGCCCCUGGCUUCUACGGGAAAAUUUGCACUAAACUCUCUCCUCCAACGACAGCUAAUGCAGUCCUUCUACUCCAAGGCCAUGCAGGAAGCAGGAAGCACAAGCAUGAUUUUUUCAACAGGUCCAUACAGCACAAACUCCAUAUCUUCCCAAAGUCCAUUACAACAAAGCCCAGAUGUAAAUGGCAUGGCCCCGUCUCCCAGCCAGUCAGAAAGUGCUGGGAGCGUCUCCGAGGGCGAGGAGAUAGACACUGCAGAAAUUGCCCGGCAGGUGAAAGAGCAGCUGAUCAAGCACAAUAUCGGACAGCGCAUUUUCGGACAUUAUGUCUUGGGACUGUCUCAAGGGUCUGUGAGUGAGAUUCUGGCCCGGCCCAAGCCAUGGAAUAAACUGACGGUUCGCGGCAAGGAGCCGUUCCACAAGAUGAAGCAGUUCCUCUCGGACGAGCAGAACAUCCUGGCUCUUCGCAGCAUCCAAGGCAGACAAAGAGAGAAUCCAGGCCAGAGCCUGAACAGACUAUUUCAGGAAGUACCGAAACGAAGAAAUGGGUCUGAAGGUAACAUCACCACGCGGAUCCGAGCCUCAGAGACUGGGUCCGAUGAAGCAAUCAAGUCCAUCCUGGAACAAGCCAAAAGGGAGCUGCAAGUACAGAAAACCGCAGAGCCGGCCCAGCCUUCCUCGGCAUCCAGCAGCGGAAACUCUGAUGACGCCAUCCGCUCCAUCCUGCAGCAGGCCCGCCGAGAGAUGGAGGCCCAGCAGGCCGCCCUCGACCCUGCCUUAAAGCCAGCGCCGCUGUCCCAGACAGACAUCGCCAUCCUGACCCCCAAGUUGAUCGCCCCCUCGCCCAUGUCGUCGGUGUCCAGUUACUCUCCGCUAGCCGUCUCCCUGAAGAAGCCCCCCUCAGCUCCCGAUUCCAGCGCCCCCGCUCUGCCCAACCCCCCGGCCUUGAAGAAGGAGUCCCAGGAUGUGCCUGGGCCAGACCUCCUGGGGGCUGCCGAUCCCACACAGGGGGUUCUAAGACACGUAAAGAGCGAGCUGGGCCGCAGCGGUGUGUGGAAGGACCACUGGUGGAGCGCUGUCCAGCCCGAGAGGAAGAGCAGCGCUCCCCUCGAAGAUCCCAAGGCCGAAGAAGCUAGCAGCGGGAAAGAAAAAGGCGGUGGUGGCGGUGGUGGCGGGCAGGCACGGGCCGAGCGCAGCCAACUCCAGGGCCCCUCCUCAUCAGAGUACUGGAAGGACUGGCCCAGCGCUGAGUCGCCGUACUCCCAGAGCUCGGAGCUGAGCCUGACCGGAGCCAGCCGCAGCGAGACGCCCCAGAACAGCCCUCUGCCCUCCUCCCCCAUUGUGCCCCUGUCGAAGCCCACCAAGCCCUCAGUCCCUCCGCUGACCCCCGAGCAGUACGAGAUCUACAUGUACCAGGAGGUGGACACCAUCGAGCUCACCCGGCAGGUGAAGGAGAAGCUGGCCAAGAAUGGCAUCUGUCAGAGGAUCUUCGGGGAGAAGGUGCUGGGCCUGUCCCAGGGCAGUGUCAGCGACAUGCUGUCCCGGCCAAAGCCGUGGAGCAAGCUAACCCAGAAAGGCCGUGAACCCUUCAUCCGGAUGCAGCUCUGGCUGAGCGGCGAGCUGGGCCAGGGCGUCCUGCCCGUCCAAGGACAGCAGCAAGGGCCAGUCCUGCACUCUGUGACGUCACUACAGGACCCCCUACAGCAGGGCUGCGUGAGCUCAGAAAGCACUCCAAAGACCUCUGCCAGCUGCAGCCCUGCACCUGAAUCACCCAUGAGCUCUAGCGAAUCAGUGAAGAGUUUGACUGAACUGGUCCAGCAGCCCUGUCCCCCCAUUGAAACAAGUAAGGAUGGCAAACCACCAGAACCCAGCGACCCGCCCGCUUCAGACUCCCAGCCCACCACCCCACUGCCUCUCUCCGGACACUCGGCCCUCAGCAUUCAAGAGCUGGUGGCCAUGUCUCCAGAGCUGGACACCUACGGCAUAACCAAGAGGGUCAAGGAGGUGCUGACCGACAACAACCUCGGUCAGCGCUUGUUUGGGGAGACCAUCCUAGGGCUCACCCAAGGCUCUGUCUCCGACCUCCUUGCUCGCCCAAAGCCCUGGCACAAGCUCAGCCUGAAGGGACGGGAGCCCUUUGUCCGGAUGCAGCUGUGGCUGAAUGAUCCCAACAACGUGGAGAAGCUGAUGGACAUGAAACGGAUGGAAAAGAAAGCCUACAUGAAGCGGCGGCACAGCUCGGUCAGCGACAGCCAGCCCUGCGAGCCCCCCUCCGUUGGCAUUGACUACAGCCAGGGCGCCAGCCCCCAGCCCCAGCACCAGCUGAAGAAGCCCCGAGUGGUGCUGGCUCCCGAAGAGAAAGAAGCUCUGAAACGAGCAUAUCAGCAAAAGCCAUACCCGUCACCAAAAACCAUCGAAGAACUCGCCACCCAGCUCAACUUGAAAACCAGCACUGUCAUCAACUGGUUCCACAAUUACAGGUCUCGGAUCCGCAGAGAACUGUUCAUUGAGGAGAUUCAGGCCGGGAGCCAGGGCCAGGCCGGGGCCAGCGACUCGCCGUCGGCCCGGAGCGGCCGGGCAGCGCCCAGCUCGGAGGGAGACAGCUGUGACGGCGUGGAGGCCGCCGAGGGCCCGGGCGCCGCGGACGCCGAGGAGUCGGGCGGCCCCGCGGCCGCCGGCAAGUCUCAGGGAGGGCCGGCCGAGGCGGCCGCAGCCCCGGAGGAGCGGGAAGAGGCGCCGCGACCGGCGGAGAAGGCGGAGCCGCCGCCCUCGGGGACCCCGGCCCCGGACGCCGCUGACGAGGGCCGGCCCCGGGCGCCGCCGCCGCCGCCGCCGCCGCCCGAGGGCCCCGCGGACGGCCCGGGGCCCGUGCCAAACCCCGCGGCCGCCGCCGUCGCCGCGCCCGCGGCCGGGGAGGACGCCGCUACCUCAGCCGCCCCGCCGGGGGAGGGCCCCUGCAGGGCCCGGGACGGCGCCGACAGGAGUUCUGCUUUGCCAAGCACCAGCGCGCCGGCGGCCGCCCGCAGGCCCAGCUCGCUGCAGAGCCUCUUCGGCCUCCCCGAGGCGGCGGGCGCCAGGGACUCGCGAGACAACCCCUUGAGGAAGAAGAAGGCCGCGAACUUGAACAGCAUAAUCCACCGCCUGGAAAAGGCCGCCAGCCGGGAGGAGCCCAUCGAAUGGGAGUUCUGAGAGGGCGCCGCCCGCCCGUCCGUCCCGCCGAGCCGGGCCGAGUCUGGCCGAGCCGGGCCGGGCCUGACCGGGCAGGGCCGAGUCUGGCUGAGCUGGGCCGAGUUGAGCCGAGUCUGGCCGAACCGGGCCCAGCCGGGCCGGGCAGAGGGGGCGGGCGCCGACUCCGCGGCCUGGACCGAGUUGCGCACUUACCGCCCUGCGGGCCACAGGGCAAAAUCGCCAUAGGCCAAGGUGCAUAUAGAAAACAAAGGAGCAUUAAGCCCAAUCUAUGUCGUGUUUUCAAGGAAGAAAACGGAAAUGUGUAGUCGAGCUUUUUUGUACCCUGAAGUGUUUUUUUUAUUGCCCUAAGUGAUUUCCACAGGUUCUGGAAUAACUCUUACAGCUUUGCCUUGCGCCCUCCUCUUUCGUGUGGGCUUUAAAAAAAAAAAAUCAAACCCACAUAUUAAAAGGGGGCUUUUUAUCUGCCAUCUAAUGGCUUCAGAGCGAUAAUACACUAUUAUCUUCUUAAACCAGGAAAAAGGGGGGGGGGGAUUUUUCAGAAAAAUUUAAAAAGAAAGUUUUUGUAGCUGUUCAGUUGCCACUAAGAGAUUGCACAGUCAAACCGACUCUAAACACACUAGUUUGGAUUCCUAAAUAUUUUCAAGUAAAGAAUCUUCUCCUUUGAAACUUUGAAUUAAAGUAAAACACAUUUACUCCACAUAUUUUUUAACAAAAAGAAAAGUCACAUCAGGAAAAUAUCUGAUUUUGUGGUAGCUGACGUAGUGUUUUCUUGUAUGUGAAUAGAAUCCUGACAUGUAGUGCACAUUGAUCCAUAGCUUUAACUGACUCUGGGCUUUUGCUGACCAGGGUUUGUUUAAUACACUCCAUUCUAGGCCAAAUCAGGACAAAAAGAAAAGAUCCGAAUCUAGGUAUUUUAUAAUCUGCUUUUUAACCUCUAACCGCAGAGCACGCUGAUCAGACCUCAUAUCUCGGAGGUGUAGGAGACAAGUUAGAACUGUAGCAUGUACCCAUUCAUUUUGUUUAAUUUAUGGUGUCUUACGUCUGUGUUAGUGCGUCUUGCACAUGUGCGAGCGUUGAAAGAAAGGAGGAAAGAGUAGGCCGCGAAGGUCGCCGCAGGCAGAUCUGGGGCCACACGGGGCCCCUCGCCCCUCUAGGCAGCAGUCUUUCCGCGACACAGAAGGCACCUCACCUCACACCACUCUCCUGGGCGCCUGAUGGACUGAGCCCCACCAGGGGACGCCACUCCCUGGGCCUGGGCAGGGCUCGCGCGCGUGCGUGCGCUCUCUCUCUCUCUCUCUCUCCCCUCCUUUCUUCCCACCACAAGCACUGAUGACUGUUGACGUCGUGGGAAGCCUCCUUCCUUCCCUGCAGAAGAGAGAACGUGGCAGUCUGGGCUCGGCUCCCACCCCCAUAGAGAUGGCCCAAACUCACACCAAAACGUUGUUGCUCUUCACUUCCAGACUAGACCAUUGGCCCUCCAUUCAUUUUGCCUCUUGGAACGUUCUUUUAUGCACAGUUUAGGGCAGUCUAAGUACAAAUCAAAAGUCUAACUUGUCUCUGAUUCCUCCUGUCGUCUAUGUGUAUAUGCGUGAGAACAGAGGUGGAUGAGAGUGUGCGUGUGUGCGUGUGUGCAAUUUUAUACGUCUGUGUAUUUUCUUAAGUACCUGUGCGCACAUAGAGUGCAUUACUGCCACCUUUUUUCAAUAAGCUGUUUUAUCAGUUAUGGCUUCUACAAGUUUGCUAAUUUAGACUCCUUUAUUGCCAUAUCUUUAAACUAACAAUAGAUGAUUUCGGUAUAUAUAUAUAUUUUUUUUUGCUUAUUUAUAGGUGCUGUAUUUUAUUAUCUGAUUGUUAGGAAGGGAUGAAAGGGGCAAAUAUUCUUUAGAGGGAUAGACUGCCGGCAGUAUUGGGUAUAAUUUACAAGAUGUAGUUGUCAUACUGUAUAUUACUGAUUGAAACCUUUUUGACCGUAUUGUGUAUCAUUGAAACCUUUGUCUUAGGUCAACAUCUUUGGAUGACAUUUUAAUGGUGCAUUCAUUAUUUCUUACGUUGGAUUAAUAUUACCUUUUUUUGA